ACCUUUGGAUUUCAGCAAUGUUAUAGAGACUAUGCAUUGGUUAAGAAAGACCAAAACUUGAAAAUCAAUGAAUUUUUGAUUAAGAUAGCAAAAAUUUGUUAGUUUGUUGGAUGGAGUGAAAAGGAAAUAAAAAAUAACAAAGUUUUAUAUGGAAAGAAUGAAGGAAGAAUAGAUGGAAAUGCUAUUUAAGUAUUUAGAACUUUGGUUUUGAUUGUUUAUGGUGGUUUAUGAAAUUGAUGAUGUUGGUAUUUUCGUAAAUAAAUGAAGGUGGUAAAGAUGUUUGUGAUAUUUUCUUAAUUACUGAAAAUGUCAUUUUCAUAAAUAAUUGAAAUCGUAGAUCAUUUUAUGGGGAAAUGACAAAAUAUGAUGUGGAAAAUUGAUGUAAGUUAUAUGUCAUUUUUGAAAAUUUCCUUUCAAUCUGUAUAUGCACAAUUUUUUAAUCAAAAUUUUUUCUGUCAACAGUUUUAUAAAUAUUAAAUAGUUCAAAAGUUGAACUGGAGUUAGAUGUUUAGAGAACUAUUAUAGACUGAAUUUUUUCAUAAGCAAAUAUUAAUAUUCAAGUAAUUUAAUUAUUUACAAACAAGACAUAACCUAAAAAGACAAGUAUUUUAAAAAAAAAAAAAUUGAAUUUGUGGAAUUUUGUUUUUGAAGACGAUUCUUUUUAGUUAUUUAUUUUAUCGUUUUUAAUAUUAAAAUUUUAUGUGAGAUAUUAUUAACGACGAUGUUUUUAGUAUGUUUCUUUAGGCAAUAUAAAAUUGUACUCUCCUAAAAGCGAGGAAACCUGGAAAUUUCAAAUUUUGAAGGUAAUUCGGUAAAAAAAAAACAAGACAAGGGAAAAACUAAAAUAAAAUAAAGUUACCUUGCUUUUCAGAUCCUUUUCUUAAACUAGACAUAUAUAUUUCAGGCUAAAACUGCACGAAAGAGAGUUUUUGAUGCACGCUCACACUUGUAAGUUGUAACGCACUUCCCAAAGUCGAGCAUGCCCUCUCUAAAGCCUGCCAUUUUUAACCAAAACUUUUUUUGGUCAACUUAUCCAAAACAAUUCACAAUAUGUUCUUUUGAAAUAUAUAUGUAAAUAAUACUUGAAGUUAAUCUAUUUAGAAUAUCAUCUAAUUUAAACAUAAUAAAUUUAUUUAAUGAUAAUACAUAAUAUAUGUCAAAUUAACUUCCAAAUCUUAAGUUAAAAAAAAAACUUCCAAAACUUAGCAUUAUAGCCGGUAAGGUUUUGAGUUAUGUAUGCUGCCCCCAUUCACAUUUGAUGUUAUAUUGGUUUCUUUUCUGGGGGUUUAUAAGGAAAAAGAAAAUACAGCAACAAUAACGACAAGCCAAUAAAGGUGAAGUGAUUAUAGAAGAAGGAAAUUAAGAAACAUGUUCAUUGGCUUAAAUAAGGAAGAAACGAUUUAGCAGUAUUUAUAAUAUGUUCUGUAAAUUUUGUUUUUCAAUAGAAAAACUUUUAUCAAGAAAAGAAAAGAAGAAGAAGAAGAAAGAGAUGUUCGACACAAGAAAGUGUAGCGACAAGAAGAGAUGUGAGCCGAGAGAAAGAGAGAGAAGAUCAAGAGAAGAAGACAGUACUGGAAAAAACUAUCUACAAACCCGAAAUGACUUUGUUUGUAAGUGAAAAGUAUGGGAGGUAGUUCUACUCUAGACGACAUACGACACGUUUUAGUACAUUUUAUUUACAUUCAAAACAAAAUGCUAAAAGUCUAUAAUAAUGAUUGAAGUUAUGGAAACAAUUAAAGUUUGUUUGUCAAAUGUAACAGUUAGACAAUCCUAGCUUGAACCAGAAUCAAAAUGUAUCUUCAAAUAUAAUGAUGAGAUAAACAUUAUAUAGUAAACCAAAUCUUCUACUUAAAAGACUUUCCCAUCUCUAGAGAUUUAUAAUUUAAUUGAUUCUUUCAAAUAACAGCUGUUUUGGCAUGUUUUUUUUUUAAAUAGCUAUUUUAACCAUGUUUUUAACAGCAAUUUGCUAAUUUCAAAUAACAGCUAUGGUUAAAUUUUGUAUGAAUGUUAAAUUUUAUUAAGUUUUUGUUCCGGUUCAAAUCUCAAUUGAUAUUGAAAUAUUAUUAUUAUUUUUAUUUUUAAAGAUUAAUUACGAAUUUAAAAGUUCAAUUUUGACGAUUAUAUAAAAAUAAAAUCAACGCAAAAACAAUAAGAAAAACUUAAAGAUUAAAAAAAUGAAAGUAAAAACCUAAAAUAGUAAAAAAAUUAAAUUAAAAAUUUGCAGAAUAAAGUAGAUUGCGAGUCUUGACGAUCAUUACAUCACAGCUUAGAGUAUCCAUAUAUAGAUAGAUAACUAAGAUUCCUUUUUCCCUCGCCAGAGAAGAAACUUUUGUUUUAACUCUGCAAUCUUUUAUCUCUCUCUAAAUCUUAAUAUUAUAUACUCUCUAAAUCACUCUCUCUCUAAACCCAUUCAUAUUUAAUCCAAUAAAUCUCAUUUUCUGUCGACGUUCCCUGCACACUUUCUCUCUCUUAGCUUUUUUUCGAGACACUUGCAAGAACAAGCAAAAGAAGAAAAAAAGAAAUCUCAACUUUUGAUUUCUUGGUCUAUCCAAGAAGAUGACUGUUGAACAACAAGAUUGUGUAGCCUUGGACCAGUUUCCUGUCGGAAUGAGAGUUCUUGCUGUUGACGAUGACCAGACUUGUCUUCGUAUCCUCGAAUCCUUGCUUCAUCGUUGCCAAUAUCAUGUUACAACGACGAACCAGGCCCAAAAGGCUCUAGAGUUAUUGAGAGAGAACAAGAACAAGUUUGAUCUGGUUAUUAGCGAUGUUGACAUGCCUGACAUGGAUGGUUUCAAACUGCUUGAGCUUGUUGGUCUUGAAAUGGACCUACCUGUCAUUAUGUUGUCCGCGCAUAGCGAUCCAAAGUAUGUGAUGAAAGGAGUUACUCAUGGGGCUUGUGACUAUCUACUGAAACCGGUUCGUAUCGAGGAGCUGAAAAACAUAUGGCAACAUGUGGUGAGAAAGAACCGUGGGAGUAAUAACGGUGACAAGAAAGAUGGAUCGGGUAAUGAAGGUGUUGCAAACUCCGAUCAGAACAACGGGAGAGCAAAUAGAAAACGUAAAGAUCAGUACAAUGAAGAUGAAGACGAGGAAAGAGAUGAUAACGAUGAUCCGUCAUCUCAAAAGAAGCCUCGUGUUGUUUGGACGGUUGAGCUUCACAAGAAAUUUGUAGCAGCUGUUAACCAAUUGGGGUUUGAGAAGGCAAUGCCUAAAAAGAUUCUUGAUCUGAUGAAUGUUGAGAAGCUGACUAGAGAGAAUGUGGCUAGUCAUCUUCAGAAGUUUCGCCUGUACUUGAAGAGGAUCAGUGGGAAUCAACAAGCUAUUAUGGCCAACUCUGACUUACAUUUCUUGCAAAUGAGCAAUGGACUUGACGGUUUUCACCACCGACCAAUUCCCGUUGGAACCGGUCAGUUCCAUGGUGGAGCCGCCGCUGCGGGGAUGAGACCCUUCCCUCCAAAUGGGAUUCUUGGCCGACUCAACACUCCUUCUGGAAUGAGUGGUGUCCGUAACCUUUCUUCUUCUCCUUCUUCAGGAAUGUUCUUGCAAAACCCGACCGAUCUUGGAAAGUUUCACCAUGUCUCAUCACUUCCUCUUAACCACAUUGAUGGAGGAAACAUACUUCAAGGGUUACCAAUGCCUUUAGAGUUCGACCAGCUUCAGACAAACAACAACAAGAGCAUCAUCGCCGGGAACUCAAUGGCUUUUCCUAUCUUCCCUACACAACAACAAAGCUCCCUUCCUAAUAACAACAAUCACUUGGUUCUAGAAGGUCACCCACAAGCACCUCCUUCAGCCUUCCCUGGUCACCAGAUCAAUAAACGUUUGGAACAUUGGUCAAACGCUGUAUCAUCAUCAUCGUCCACUCUUCCUCCUCCUGGUCAGAACAGUAAUAGCCUCAUCAGUCAUCAGUUCGAUGCCUCCUCAUCAAGCUAUUCCAUCCCAUUCUGUGACUCUACAAUUCCAUUGAAUCCAGCGUUGGAUCAUACAAAUCCCCGAGCUUUCUACAGAGCCACGGACAUGGAUUCAAGUGCAAAUGUGCAGCCUGGAGUCUAUUAUGAUUCAUUGCAGAUGAGAAAAUCAGGCAACUACGGUCCAACCACGGAUGCUAUGCUGAGUAGUAAUAACCCCAAGGAAGGGUUCACCGUGGGGCAGCAGAAGUUACAGAGUGGAUUCAUGGGAGGAGAAGCUGGUUCUUUAGAUGAUAUAGUCAACUCCACUAUGAAACAGAGCCAAGGAGACUUGUCGGAAGGUGAUUUGGGAUAUGGAGGCUUUAGCUCACUUAGAACAUGCAUAUGACUAUGAGAGAGAACAUUUAGACAACUCAGAACCAUCGUUUGUGAUUUGCUUUUGUCUCUUUCUUUCUCAUAUUUUCUUUGUAAUGAAACUGUAAACUAUCUUUUUUUUUUUGUUUUUACUUUCCACUCCUUAUAGCAAUUUAGGACUCCCAAUAAAUAAUAAGAACGAAUUCAUAAAUAAUUUUUUUACUUUUUUUUA